CAACAAAUCCUUACUCUGCAACGAAAGCUGGGGCGGAAAUGCUUGUUAUGGCUUAUGGUAGAUCGUAUGGGUUGCCUGUAAUAACGACCCGUGGAAAUAAUGUUUAUGGGCCUAAUCAAUUUCCAGAAAAAUUGAUUCCAAAGUUCAUCCUCUUGGCCAUGAGGGGGAAGUCUCUUCCAAUUCAUGGAGAUGGAUCAAAUGUGCGGAGUUAUCUGUAUUGUGAGGAUGUUGCUGAGGCAUUUGAAGUCAUUCUUCACAAGGGUGAAGUUGGUCAUGUAUACAAUAUUGGGACAAAGAAGGAGAGGAGAGUGAUUGAUGUGGCUAAAGAUAUAUGCAAACUUUUUGGUAUGGACCCUGAGGAUAGCAUUAAGUUUGUAGAGAACAGACCAUUUAAUGAUCAGAGGUACUUCCUAGAUGAUCAGAAGCUAAAGAAUUUGGGUUGGUCAGAACGAACCACCUGGGAUGAGGGAUUGAAAAAGACUAUGGAAUGGUAUACCCAAAAUCCUGAUUGGUGGGGUGAUGUCUCUGGGGCUCUGCUUCCUCAUCCAAGAAUGUUAAUGAUGCCUGGUGGGAGGCAUUUUGAUGGUUCUGAAGAUAACAAAGCAGAAUCUUAUGUCUCCAAUAAUCCUAAUCAAACCCGGAUGGUGGUUCCAACCUCUAAAACCAGUGGCUCCCCUCGAAAACCAUCUUACAAGUUCCUGAUAUAUGGAAGGACUGGGUGGAUUGGGGGUCUACUCGGACAGUUGUGUGAGAAGCAGGGGAUUCCCUUUGAAUAUGGAAAAGGACGUUUGGAGGAUCGGUCAUCAAUCAUGGCAGAUAUUCAGAACAUUAAGCCCACCCAAGUUCUUAAUGCUGCUGGUGUGACUGGAAGACCAAAUGUUGACUGGUGUGAAUCUCACAAAACCGAGACUGUUCGUACUAAUGUUGCUGGGACAUUGACUCUGGCAGAUGUCUGCAGGGAGCAUGGACUCCUAGUCUUGAAUUUUGCUACCGGCUGUAUAUUUGAGUAUGAUGCUGCACAUCCUGAGGGUUCAGGCAUUGGUUUCAAAGAGGAAGACAAGCCAAACUUUACUGGUUCUUUCUAUUCAAAAACCAAAGCUAUGGUUGAGGAGCUCUUGAAAGAGUAUGAUAAUGUGUGUACUCUCAGAGUACGGAUGCCGAUAUCAUCUGAUCUGAAAAACCCACGAAACUUCAUAACCAAGAUAUCUCGCUAUAACAAAGUGGUCAAUAUUCCAAACAGCAUGACCGUGUUGGAUGAACUUCUACCUAUUUCAAUUGAGAUGGCAAAGAGGAACUUGAGGGGUAUUUGGAACUUCACUAAUCCUGGAGUUGUAAGCCAUAACGAGAUCCUGGAGAUGUACAAGAGUUACAUUGAUCCCGACUUCAAAUGGGUGAAUUUCACACUGGAAGAGCAGGCCAAGGUCAUUGUUGCACCACGAAGCAACAAUGAGUUGGAUGCAUCCAAAUUGAAGAAAGAGUUUCCUGAGUUGCUAUCCAUCAAGGAGUCGCUGAUCAAGUACGUGUUUGAACCCAACAAGAGAACGUAAGCACAUUGAGAGCAGUUUUGUGCACUUCAUUUUUAUACAUGGCGCCAAUUAUUACUGUCAUAAUGUUCUCAUCAAGUUCACUGAUAGCUUUUGACUUCAUCGUGGCAUUUGCAUUUUAUUAGGAAGUACUAGACGUGCUUCUUUUGUUAUUUUAUUUUUAUUUUUGAGAGAUUGUAUUCUAGCUUAAUUAGCGAUCCACAAGAACUUCUAAUUGGUUCAUUGUAUUUUUUUCACCUUGAUUCAGAGGAACAUGAUGUCUUGCUGGACAAACUUUAGCUCCUGAUCAGAUGAUUAUAUUAUUAUCUCAAUACUACCAAGAUUUUUUUUUGUA